GAAGCCGCCGUGUGGGGUCCGGGUACCUUGACGGUGCAGUGACGUUCCCGGCCGGGAUACUGUGGCUCUACCCGGGAUGGACCUCACAUCACGGGAAGGGGGAUCGGCUGAGUGUGUGAGCGUCGCGUGCGGGAUCUACCUGUGAUUUUACGCGGCUUUAAACCACACCUGGAUCUAUUUCGGGAGGCGCACGAGCCCCGCUGGCCUCGCGCGGCUGAAUCCGGACUGAGGAGGUGAGUCUCGCGCAGCUGGUCCCGGAGACAAAACAACGGACGGACGGACGGGAACAGGCAUCCCAAGUCCCGGUCCACUAACACUUCAUCCAGCUGCCUGUCUGCCCCCAGCUGCUCUUUUUCAUGGAGGAUUUUAAAAUGGCUGCUCUCGCCUCCUCUCCGGAGCUCUAACCUCCCGCUCGGCCGUUAUGUAAAGCCGAGUUUGACGCCUGAAAAGCGGCGAGUUUUCCCUCUUCUCCCCCUCCGGCUGGGAAGCUACAGCUAGUUAGCUUUAGCCGGCUAGCAUAGCCGCCUCGCAACAAGGCCGAUUUUGAUACUUCUCCUCCGGUCAGUUAUGACUAAGUGACUCCGGCAGCUCUGAUAGAACCGGAGCCGGUGUGGUUUUAAUCUCUCACGGGCAGUGAGGAUAUGGGGAAGCGGUGCCCAGCCUGCUGCACAUCUGUCACCGCACCGGCAUUGGAGACCGGGACACCCCGGGGAACAGCUGCCCUCACCGGCCAGUAGCAGCAGUCUGGCCGCUCCGCCAAAAAACACCGCUGGGAGUAUAAAUCUCGUGUGAAAUCUUCCCGGGAUGUAGAGGAGGAGUAACUGUGUCUUUCUGGAAGAAAACACUCCACAAACUAUUGUUUUAAAUUAACAGUUUGAAGGAGAAACCACCGUGUUGAGUUCACCAGGGUCCGCAGCGAAACAGCAUGAUUUAAGGCUUCCCUGUGAACGCGUCCCGCUGCUGGAGGUCACAGCUUUCACCUUCCCAUCUGCCCACCAGCACCACCAGCACCACCAGCACCACCGUCUGACCCGGCCGAACAGUCGCAGCCAUGAACUACCAGCAGCACCUGGCCAACUCGGCCGCCAUCCGAGCCGAGAUCCAGAGGUUUGAGUCCGUCCAUCCCAACAUCUACUCCAUCUACGAGCUCCUGGAGCGGGUGGAGGAGCCGCUGCUGCAGAACCAGAUCCGGGAGCACGUCAUCGCGAUUGAAGAUGCGUUUGUGAACAGUCAGGAAUGGACGCUGAGUCGAACGGUACCAGAACUGAAAGUGGGCAUUGUGGGUAACCUGGCCAGCGGUAAGUCGGCGCUGGUCCACAGGUACCUGACGGGAACGUAAGUCCAGGAAGAGUCACCUGAAGCUGACGUGGACGCAGGCGGCCGCUUCAAGAAAGAGAUCGUGGUGGACGGUCAGAGUCACCUGCUGCUCAUCAGAGACGAAGGAGGCCCCCCGGAGGCUCAGUUUGCGCUGUGGGUGGACGCCGUGAUCUUCGUCUUCAGUCUGGAGGACGAGAUCAGCUUCCAGACAGUCUAUCACUACUUCAGCCGCCUCGCCAACUACAGGAACGCCGCCGACCUGCCGCUGGUCCUGGUCGGCACGCAAGACGCCAUCAGCUCAGCCAACCCGAGAGUGAUCGACGACAGCCGAGCCAGGAAACUCUCCAACGACCUCAAACGCUGCACCUACUACGAAACCUGCGCCACCUACGGCCUCAACGUGGAGCGAGUCUUCCAGGACGGUAAGUUUCCAGCACGCUCAUCCGUCCGUCCUCCUGGGCGGUGGCGGUGGCGGUGGCAGCGGCGGCUGUGGAGUCCUUUCAACAGCGGACACAUUGUGUGUCUUCUGAUGCAGGUUACAGAGCUGCAGCUGAAAUCUAACACCACGCUCUCAAAUGUCCCCGCCGCCUGCGAGCUCGAUGAACUUGUGGCUGGUGAAGUAGGCGCCGAGCUCCGAGAUGUGGCUCAGGACGGAGCAGACGCCAAACAGCGUGGUGGUCCCCUUCAGGUCCUCCAAGUGCCAGUACAGGAAGCUGAAGACGAAGCCGUAGCCGAAGCCCAUGAACCAGGCGACGAAGAGGACGGAGCUGUAGCGCACGCUGCAGAGGAGCCUCAGGAGGUCGCUGUAGCUGAACUCCUGAGCAGGGCCCAUCAGCACGCCGAAGACGAUGAAGGCGAUCUGGUAGUUGUGGAGGCGGAAGUCGGGCACGAUGCAGCCCACGCCGUCGAUCACCACGGUGACGUGCGUGUGGUCGAUCCAGAUGCCCACCAGCAGCAUGGCCAGACCCCAGCCCAGCGAGCCCCACAUCCUCUGCAGGCCGUAACGGUCGCGGGCCUUACCGAGAUACUGCAGGGUGACGGUGUCCACGAUGGUGACGGCCGGGGCGCUGAAGAAUUCGCCCACGAUGAUGACGAGCAGGAUGAGCAGGAAGAUGCUCUCCACCUGGUCCCUGUUCUCAAAAGGAGCAGGAGUGGCGUUGGCGUCUACGCUCCGCUCGUACCUGUGGUGCACGCUGAAAUAAGAGUCCAGGAUCUCAGGAAGCACGAGGAGAUCCAGAAGGCUGCGGCGACUUCUGGUGUGGUUGGUGGAGUUGCUCGCCUGCGUGAAGUUAUUAUCGUACAUGUGUGUGGUCAUCACCGGCGCCGGCGUCGUAGGAGGAGCGGCACCUUUCUCCUCACACUUCAUCUCCGCUGGUUUGACGAAGCCGAUGCCGCAGUUGAACAUCAGCCAGCACAGAACAGAAAACAGCAGCACGAUCUUCCCUUUCUUGAAGCGGUCCGCCACCACCCCCCAGAAGGGGGCGCUGCAGAACUCGAUGAAGUAGCGGAUGCCGACGAGCAGCCCGCUGCGGCUGGCCGACAUGCCGAGCUGCUUGUAAUACACGGCCAGCAGAGGGUGCAGCGAGCCUCUAUUGAGUCAGGAGGUGACGCCGCCGGCUGCUCGGGCGGCGUGUCUGAAGCAGCCGGCGGUGGCGUGGAAACACCCGUCGGCUGCUCCAUGGACAGUGUGUUGAAGGGCUCAGCCAACACAUACUUCCUCUUCUGCUCCUCCUCGUCAUCUGGCAUGCUGCUGAAGAGGAGCGGUAAAUCCCUCAACAAGGAGUGGAAGAAGAAGUACGUGACGCUGUGUGACAACGGACUGCUCACCUACCACCCGAGUCUGCAUGACUACAUGCAGAAUGUCCACGGUAAGGAGAUCGACCUGCUGAGGACCACAGUCAAGGUGCCGGGGAAGAGGCCGCCCCGCGCCGUGUCCACCUGCGCCGCCGUCCCGAGCCCCAAAACCAACGGUCUGACGAAGGACAUGAGCAGCAUGCAGCUGGGACAGACUCCAGGUUCGGUGACCAGCAGCUCGUCGGUGUCUCAGAUGGCGAGCGGCGUCAGCUUGGUGUCCUUCAACAGUCGCGGCCUGGAGGGGAUGCACCAGCGCUCGUACUCCGUCUCCAGCGCCGACCAGUGGACCGACGCCACCGUCAUCGCCAACUCCGGAGUCAGCACAGAUACAGGCCUGGGAGACUCAGUCUGUUCCAGUCCCAGUAUCUCCAGUACCACCAGUCCCAAGAUGGAGCCGCCACCAUCGCCACACGCCAACCGCAAGAAGCACCGCAGGAAGAAGAGCACCAGCAACUUCAAAGCCGACGGCCUCUCUGGUACUGCGGAAGAACAAGAGGAGAACUUUGAGUUCACCAUCGUGUCGCUGACGGGCCAGACGUGGCACUUCGAGGCCACUUCGUACGAGGAGCGCGACGCCUGGGUUCAGGUCAUCGAGAGCCAGAUCCUGGCCAGCCUGCAGUCCUGCGAGAGCAGCAAGAACAAGUCUCGUCUGACGAGUCAGACAGAGGCCAUGGCUCUGCAGUCCAUCAGAAGUAUCCGAGGAAACAGUCGCUGUGCCGACUGUGAAGCUCAGAACCCGGACUGGGCGAGUCUGAACCUCGGGGCCCUGAUCUGCAUCGAGUGCUCGGGCAUCCACAGGAACCUGGGGACGCACCUGUCCAGGGUCCGCUCUCUGGACCUGGACGAGUGGCCGCUGGAGCUCAUCAAGGUCAUGUCGGCCAUUGGAAACGAGCUCGCCAACAGCGUGUGGGAGGCCAACGCACAGGGACGCCUCAAACCUGCACCGGAUGCCAGCAGGGAGGAGCGGGAGCGCUGGAUCCGGGCGAAGUACGAGCAGCGCCUGUUCCUGGCGUCACUGCCAGGCACCGACCUCUCUCUGGGCCAGCAACUGCUGAGGGCAACUGCCGAGGAGGACCUGCGCUCUGUUGUCCUGCUGCUCGCCCACGGUUCCCGACAGCAGGUCAACGAGACCUGCGGGGAGGGAGACGGACGCAACGCGCUGCACCUCGCCAGCCGCAAGGGCAAUGUGGUGAUCACACAGCUGCUCAUCUGGUACGGCGUGGAUCUGAUGGCGAGGGACGCCCACGGCAACAGCGCGAUGGCGUACGCUCGGCAGGCCAGCAGUCAAGAGUGUGUGGACACACUGGCUCAGUACGGCUGCCCCGACGAGCGCUACCCUCUCAUGGCCACCCCCAACCUGUCGCGCCGCAACACCAACCGUAACAACAGCUGCAGCAGUGCCGGGAGUGCCGCACUCAUAUGACCGUGGAGAUCUGACUCUUUAUAACAAACAAACCCUGCUUUGGGAGAGCUUUUAUUUUGGGAACCACUACCUGUUGUGACUCACCGACCUCACCUGACAACCGCCGCCGCCGCUGCUGCCGCCGGCUCGUUAUAACUGAUUAAAAACUGGGGUCAGUGGUGACGCUGUUUGGGGGGAAAACCCCAAAGCAUGGUGGGAAACGUGGUCCACAGUCGACCAUCAUCAACAGACGUCGCUGGCUCAUCAGAGCAAUUUGGGAAAUAAUCACGUGACUCACGGCAGCCAAUGACGGCCAGUCUGAAGCUCCAGGGACAUCAUACCUCAUCACAGCUCUAAUUUAACACUACAGCCAAUCAGAAGACCGUCUCGCCAAAACAUAUCGUCUUCUCUGUGAACAUGAAAAGAAGAAAACUGUGAGACAGCGAUAUCACGAAGGAAACCAGAGACGGAGUCUUCGUAGCAUGCCCACAUCAUCAUCAUCAUCAUCACCAUCACUCGAGGACUCCUCUCAUUUUGGCGUCAGUGUUUCACCUUUUCUUUCAUGGAUUCUGUGAACUCUCCUGCCUUUUUUUUUAAUGUGAAAAAUAUCUCGAUGUGUAAGAGAAAAAAAAAACGAUAUCAGAUCUUAGAGGUAAACAAGAAGAAGUGUGAUAGAUCGCAUGCCCUAGACACUUUUCUAUUUUAAUUUAAGGCAUUUUUCCUGGACUGUGUAUAUUGUAUCUUGAUGUGCAUUGCUGGACCAAUCGUUAAAAUGUCGACACGGGGAAGGUUUUUUGUUGUUUUUGAUUUUUCAGGUGUAUAAAGUCAUUAAGUGUACAGAAGCUCUUGCCAGGCUCAGGGACCGGAGACUGUCGAUCAUGAACAUCCAAUCGUCUUUUCUCAGCAUCCUUAAAUCAGGCGUCAGGGUUUCAUUUGGUUUCACUUCACUCAGUUCGGAUUUUCCAUAAUUUUAAAGACUGACUAACUAACUAAAUAAUUUGUUGCCUAAUCUAGGGCUGGAUGAUAUGAUACCACAUUGUGAUACUUACUAGCUUCAUCGUUUGGCCUUUAAAUGGCAAAAACAGUGACCCGAACAAGAAGCGACGUCUUCAAAUUGCAGUUUUUGUCCAACCAACAGCCCCAGACACAAACAUAUUCAAUUCACAAUCUUAGAAAACAGAGAAAUACAGCAAAUAAACCUAAAUAUGGAGAGCUGGAACCACUGAAUUAAAACUGGAAAAGAUCGGACGCCGCAAGACGAAAUGACAAAACACUUUGUCUGACGUGAACGUCCAUCUGUCAUUGGUUCUUGAAGCUACUCUAAUUUUAUUGGAUCCAGAAUAUUUAUUGUAUUUUAAGGGAAAUGGGAGUUAAUUUAGUUCUGUAAAAGAUUUACAGAACUUUACAGAGACAUAGAUGCCUCGUUAGCCGCUGGAUCUUACGUCAGCGUAGCCGCCAUACUGGAGAGGGCAAGACUGGCCUUUCUGGAUAAAAAGCUUGUAUUUCUCAACCUUCUGUUGCACAUUUAAUGCUAUUCAACUUCCGGGUCAAAGCCCAGGGUGGAAACUGGAGCAUGCUCAGAGUGCCUCAGCUAGUUGAGGUCCGAAUGACUACAUACAUGCAGGAGGUAUUCAACUGUGUUAGUCCGACUUUGAGAAAUUCAAUUGAGUACAAUUUCAGUUGGACUAAAAUGUUUACAUGUAUUUAAAAGUCUGGAUUUAAUUGGACGAAUACAAUAAAUCAUGUUUCUCUAUUGUCACGUUAAUGUAUUGUCCGACAUAUCGCUGCAGCGUCUACAUAUAUAAAUGUCGGUGAUGCUGGUAACAUGACAGAUUUGGUCUAUCGUCCAGCCCAAACUGAUUUAUCUGAACUGAUUGAACUGUUAGCAUCUUAAACCCGCGUCUGAUUUACAUCCUGGUUGAACAUCCUUGGUUUAAUUUAAACUGUCCCUGAAGUGAAUUUAUUGUUUUACAAAAUGGGAAAGAAAAGGAAGCAGCUACUAAACAAACGGAGAGAAAAGGGAAUUGAUAUGCUUCUUCUUCUUCUUCUGGUGUUUUCAGUUUGGGUUGACGGGAGGUGACAAGUUACUUUUUAUUGAUUCAUUUCAGCUAAAACUCACUUUUACUGUCUCGAAUGAAAAGAAGUGAACGUGGUGUAGCUAACGUACAAGAUUCUGUAAAAAGCUGUCUGUAAUGUUAUUUCAGUGACCUCACACCAAGUUCCCUCCAGUCCCGUCCAAUCAGACAGUCUCCCUGAUCUGCUCAGCGAAUCACUAAGAAGGGCUUCUUCUUCUUUUUCUUCUUCUUCUCUGGUCUGGAAACCUUGUUGUAAAUAAUCUCCUCUUUCUCCGUCACCUCCUCUCUUUCAACCAUGACGUCUUGUAAAUUAGAGAACACAGGGAGUUCUUCCUGUGCGCCGGUGUCAGGAUGCAGAAUGGAAGUGAUUUAUUCUAAUGUGUGUUUGUUGUGUGGAAAACAAACAUGAGCACGGACUGAAUGUGUUCUGGCUCAGUGUUGCGCUGAUCCAUCCAGGGCAGGAAGUUCAACUUUUCCGGGUAACAACGCGUGUAAACCAGUGGUUCCCAGUCUGGAAGUCUUAGAAGAACUCAUCCAGCCUGAAGGGUCACAAGACAGCUUACAAGAUGAGAAAUCCAAAAACAAAACAACAUGUACUCGACGCAAAAAGGCUGUCAUCAAGACCACUGAGUCUCCUCCGAGAUGAUUCAAAGUCUGAGCCUCUUUGAGGACGAGUCAAGACUGAGUUCAAAUGUGAUCAAGUUUGGGGACAAGACUGAGUCCAUAUUUAGACAAGUCUGAGUGAGGACGGAGUCCAAACAUGGUCAAGUUUUGAGUCAAGACCAGGUCCAUAUGUGGUCACAUUAAGAGUCAAGACCUAGUCUAAAUUUAGACAAAUUUGAGUCAAGACCGAGUCCACACUUAGACAAGUUUGAGGCCAAGUUUGGGUCAAGACUGAGUUCAAAUGUUGUAAAGUUUUGAGUCGAAAGCAAAUCCAAAUGUGGGCAACAUUUAAAUCAAGACCAAGUCCGAACAAUUUAGGUUUUUGGGUCAAGACCAAGUCCAAAUGUAGACAAGUUUGAGGUCAAAUUUGAGUCAAAACCACGUCCAGACAUGGUCAAGAUUUAAGUUAGACCGAGUCCAAAUUUAGACAAGUUUGAGAUCUGUUAAUGUGAUCAGGCUUAGAGUCAAGACUGAGUUCAAAUUUGAGCAAGUUUGUGUCAAGGCUGAGUCCAUUUAUGGUCUGGUUUUGAGUCAAGAAGGUGUCCAAAUUUAGACAAGUUUGAAGUCAAGUUCUGAGUCAUGACAGAGUCCAAAUGUGGUCGAGUUUUGAGUUGAAUCUAAAUGUGGUCAAGUUCGGACAAGGACCUGUAAAACCAAAACAGCGCCCCUUUCGGUAUUAGCGAAACAUGUCGACUGAACGCUAAUUGAUCAGGAUUGUCGGGACAAAUGCUCCUUAAACCUCGACGGUUUGUGAGUGAUGAUUUUUACCUUCAACACUAUGCUGAGCACCUACUGCUCGUCUCUUUACUCUCUAUACUGUUUCGUCCUCAAACUUUAACGUAAAUGUUGCUGCAGAGGUUGAGGAGCAGCUCUCAACCCAACUGUGUAUCCAAGCAAUAUUCAUCAACACAUCGAUCACUGUCGCAUCGCAACUUCGUACACCGACAUUUGCUGCAAUAUCGCCAUUAAACCACAAACACUCUGCCUGUUUGUAGAAAUGUAAGAAAGAGUGAAAAGAAACAUGAAAUUUUCCUACUUAUGCCUCUUUUUUUUUGUUACACGCCAGCCUUUACGUUCCUAACUUCGUCCAACCUUGUUGCUGUAUGUGCCAUGCCCCCAUUUCCCCCCAGUCAUCUCAAAGAUGGCGCUCUAUCCCCCGUAAAACGCUAAACCAAGAUUUUUGACCGCAACUUGUGUUUUCAAAGUGUUUGAUUUUAUGUUUUUAUAUCGGAUUCGUCCCACGAACCUGAACCAGGACAGCAGGACAGGGCGAAGACGUCCUUUUAUUUAUGACAGAAAUGCACUAAGUCUGAUUCAGUCCGUCUUAACACUUUCCACUACAGCUUUUUAUGUUUUCUUGCGUUAGCGUGAACUGACUUUUGCCUAUUUCUCUUAGAGGUGGCGGCUCCUGGCGGUUUCCCCGAAACUGACUUUAACAGCGUCUAAAUUCUGAGAAACCAGUCUAGCUAUUUAAAUGAACGUAACAUCCAUUUUUAAAUGGUCGUAGGUAUCAAAAUAAUCUGCCAAAGGGUUAAUGAUAACACUAACUGCUAGCUAGCAACAGCAUAGCAACUGUUUGCUAGCUUAUACUGUCCUGGUAAAGUUCCGUGGUAAACAGCUCCACAAAAUCCUUUUACUGAAGUUCUUCAAAGGAGAAUAACUUCGGUAAUACCUCCUUUAAAAUGUUAAAUACUAACUAAUUUGUCAAUGGGAUAACGCUAACCCUAACUGCAGCUAGCUGUGAACAACCUAGAAUGGUAGUAUUGUUUCAGCUAGCAAGCAAACUAUUACUAUAAGUCAACUCAAAAAAAUACCAAACACAUACAAUUUAAAAAUGUUUGGAGUAGACACACCUGGGAAGCUUCUGAAGCAGCUAGCAAUCAGUUAGCUAAACUCAGCUAAUGAGGAGAAACACACACGUCAUUGCUAAAUUUCAGUUGUUCACUGAUUUGUUGUCAUCUUGGUUUUGAACUUCACUCUGGUAUCUGCAGAAACUGCUGAGUCAUCUGCUGCCGAAGCUAACUGCGGCUAGCUGUGAACAAACUAGCAUGGCGGCAUUGUUUCAGCUAGCAGGCAAAUUAAUAAUACUUUAACUCUAAGUGAGCUGAAUUGCUUGCUUGCGAUCAGUUAGCUUAACUUAGCUAACAGGGAUAAAUGCGCAAUUUUAAUUUGUCACUGAUUUGUUGUCAUUUUUGUUUUAAACAUCACUCGACUCUAAAGUCUGUUUAUUUAAUCUCAUCGGACGAGAGAAAACUGCUUUUUACUGUUCGUAGCCACAGAAAUUGCUUAGCCAUCUGUUGCCGAAGCUGACUGCAGCUAGCGGUGAACAAACUAGCAUGGCAGUGUUGUUUCACCUAGCAAGGAAAUUAUUAAUAUGGCAGCUGAACUGCACUUAUUUCCCUCCAAAAAUUAACCGACCACAAAAGAUUUUAAAAUGUUUGCAGCACUAAUGCAUCCCGUGAAGCUUCUGAAGCAGCUAGCGAUCAGUUAGCUAAAUUUAGCUAACUGGAUGGUGAUGUGCUAGUUGAAUCUCCUUCUGUCUGUCCAUUUAUUUAACCUCAGCACAGAAAACUUAGUAAUAUCUGUUUUUAAGUGUUUGAAGCCGCAGCUGUCUGUCACUGAAGCUAACUGCAGCUAACGACACAUUAGCAUGGUUAGUUUUGAACUUCCAAGCUAACUUUAUGGCUUUCCCCUAAUUUGAUCAUACUCAAGCUAAAUUUAGAAAAUAUUUAGAGACUAGAAACAUCCUGUGAAGCUCCAGCAAUCAGCUCGCUUAUCUCGGCUAACGGACUGUUGCGUGGCGUAUUUUCUAGUGGUGUUAGAGCCGAUGUUACGGACAUAGAAAAGUGAAGCUGCCUGCUUGUAGAUAAAUAACAUCUGCUUUGAAAGGCGGCAGGAGAACAGGGAAACCGCGUUAGCGCUAAUCUAUCCACUCACCACCUCACCUGUACAUAGACUUCAAACAAUAAAACAAAGAAAAAUUUAAAAAAAACUCCUUAUGGUCAAGUUUGUCUGGUUGUGUUACCUCUCGUAGCCUUUACCCCUAAGCCCCGCCCACCAGGGCUGUCCUGUUUAUUAUUUAUAAAGACACCCAUGUGAGUAAGACUCCACCCCCUUUUUGUAUAUUUUCCUCCAACCUCUGCAGUCCAUUCGAGUUUUCUUAUUAUGAUUUAUCAUCCAGACACAUUAUUGUUCUUGUUAUUCUAAUUAUUAUUAUUAUUAUUGUUAUUGACUUUUUGUUGGCUGUACAGUUCUGUUGUUGAAAAAUUCUACUUAAUACAGAGUCUUCUACUGUAAUGUGUCUCUUUUCAAUAAAGACGAGAAUAAUGCUUCUUAAUAUAAA